AUGUUAUAUAAGUAUCUUUUUAUUUACAUCGUAACAAAAAUUUCCCUAUCAAGUUCAUUGUAUCAUAAUUUUUGUACCAUAAAUAAUACAAAUGGUUCAAAUUUUAAUGUGUUUGACACAAACAACGGAAGAUUCCUUAAUAAAAACAAUCGGAUUAGGAAUAUUCUGAAUAAAAACAUAAAUAAAAAAAGUAGUUUUUCAUUCAUAAAUGGAAAUUCUUUAAAAAAUUUUAAAAAUGAUCACAAAUAUCACGAUUUUACAAAGUUCACAAAAAUUCCCGAAUUUUUAGAAGAAGAUAACGAACCAAUAGUAUCAGAACUGAUCAGAAACUUUUGUAUUAUUGCACACGUAGACCAUGGGAAGUCAACAUUGGCAGAUAGAUUCUUGGAGUUUACAAAAUCAGUACCACCAGAAAGAUUAAAGGAGCAGUACCUGGAUAAUAUGGAAUUAGAAAGAGAAAGAGGAAUUACUAUUAAAUUACAAAGUGCAAGAAUCAAGUAUAACUCUAUUUUGGAUGGUAAAACUUAUACACUAAAUUUGAUCGAUACACCAGGGCAUAUUGACUUUAAUCACGAAGCAAGAAGGUCAAUUUCAGCAUGUGAAGGAGCAAUACUGGUGGUUGACGGUACAAAAGGAAUAGAAGCACAGACUGUAACAACGGCAAACAUAGCGAUUGAGAAGGGCCUAAAAAUAAUACCAGUGGUAAAUAAAAUCGAUUUAGAGCAUUGCGACUUCAAAUCUACAGCUGAAAGUCUCAAAAAGUUUUUUGGAUUCAAAGAGUCAGAUAUACUGAAAGCGUCAGCCAAAAAAGGUAUAGGAAUUGAAGAUAUACUGGAGGCAGUGGUUGUAUCAAUUCCUCCACCAAAGGUGGAUCUAGAAAAACCAUUUAGAGCACUAGUUUUUGAUAGCUUUUAUGACCCAUAUAGAGGAGCAAUUUGUUACAUCAGAGUAUGUUGUGUAUUUAGAUUAUAUUUUCAGGUUUUCGAAGGGUCUACUAAAAUCGGAGACGAAAUCACGUUGAUGAAUGCAGAUAUAACUUCGAAAGUCACAGGACUAGGAAUCAUGUUGCCUGAAAUGAAACAAACACAUUCAUUACAGUUAGUUAACUCGUCUGGACAAGUAGGUUGGAUUACAGCUGGGAUUAAGAAGACUAAUGAAAUUCAUGUCGGAGAUACAAUUUCACUCAAAUCUUAUGUAAAGAAAAAUCUUGUUGAGCCUAUAAAUAAAUUUGAAAACUCAAAGCCGACAGUGUUUGCAGGAAUAUACCCAUGCAUAGGAGGGGAUUUCGAUAAACUGCAAACGGCACUGGAAAAACUUAAGUUGAACGACCAUUCAUUUCAGUUUGAAAGGUCAGACUCAAGUAUGGUUGGGAUGGGUUUUAAGUGUGGAUUCAACGGGUUGCUGCACCUGGAUAUCACAGUAGAGAGGCUUGAAAGAGAAUUUGACACUCAAGUUAUAGUGACAUCACCUUCUGUUCCAUACAGGUGUACCCUGAGGGACAAAAGUGUUGUAACAGUUGAUGACGCAUCAAAGUGGCCUGACGAAUCACAGAUUAAGAGUAGUGAGGAGCCGUGGACAGACGUCACUCUCAGAGUCCCAGAGGAGUAUUUUUUAUCUUUCAUAAAUAUAAUUCUUAGUUCUGUUGGAAGUGUCAUGUCUAUGCUGAGCAAAAUGAGGGGAAGGUUCAAAGAAAAGAACAAAGUUAAGGACACAAACAUGGUAGUGAUGAACUAUGACCUUCCGCUCUCCGAAAUACUCUCAGACUUUUUUAAUAAACUAAAGUCAGUCACAAACGGCUACGGAUCCUACGACUAUGAAGGGACAUUUUAUGAGCCCAUAGAGCUCUGCAAGUUGAAAAUUCUCCUAAAUGGGACUGAAGCAAAGGGUCUGGCAGUAGUCACACCAAGAAACAGAGCAUACGAUAGAGGGAAGCUUAUAGUUGAAACGCUGGUUAACCUGAUACCCAGCAGGCAGUUCAAGGUACCAGUUCAGGCAGUGAUAGGGAAGAGAGUAAUUUCAUCAUCAAAUAUACCUGCUGUGAAGAAGAACGUGAUUGAGAAAUGCAGUGGAGGUGACCCUUCAAGAAAAAAGAAACUUCUUGAAAAUCAAGCUAGGGUAUUAUUGGUCUUGAUAAAUGAUGUUAUAGGGAAAGAAACAAAUGGCUCAGGUAGGAUGUGUAACAAUCCCUUCUGA